AGCAUAGCCUCCAAAACCAGAAGAAGAGUUCAAAAGUGGAUUGCUUCAACUUCUGUCUAAAAUUGAAGGCUGCAGCCAAACACGUUUUUGUUUACAAAGUAAUACCUACUCUCAUCUCUUCCCCUUCACCAUAAUAUAUUCCCCAACCUAUAUAUAUACACUAAUGAGGCAGAGGCAGAUAUCUCCACCUCAACCUUAAUUCAUAUCCAACAACAACUAUAUACUUGCAUACCAUUCUAUUCCUUAGUCUCACACUACUUAAUUAGAAGACUAAUACUAAAAAACCAAAUUACAUAUAUCUACUACUUAAUUCAAUUGAGAGAUAGAGCAUAUACUAUAAGCUAACAAUGGUUAAAAUGCAUGCAAUACUCUCUAUAGCUACCUUGGUUAUAGUUAUUCUCUCAGUUUCAACAACAUUGGCAUCAUCAACAUCUUUGAAGUAUGGUUUCUACAAGACAACAUGUCCAUCCGCGGAGGCAAUUGUUAGAAGAGCUGUAAACAAAGCUGUUUCACUCAACCCCGGCAUCACUGCUGGUUUGAUUAGAAUGCAUUUUCAUGAUUGCUUUGUCAGAGGAUGUGAUGGUUCUGUUUUAUUAGAUUCCAUACCAGGUAUUCGAUCUGAGAGAGACCAUCCUGCAAACAAUCCAAGUUUACGUGGCUUUGAAGUAAUCAACGAAGCUAAGGCACAAAUAGAGGCUGCAUGUCCUAAAACGGUGUCCUGUGCAGACAUUCUUGCUUUUGCAGCUCGAGACAGUGCUCGCAAAGUUAGUGGCGGCAGAAUAGACUACUCAGUACCAUCAGGACGCAGAGAUGGUCGAGUGUCUAUCUUCGACGAAGUCACACAAAAUUUACCACCACCAACUUUCAGUGCGGAGCAACUUAUCGAUAAUUUUGAUAGAAAAGGUUUGUCAGUAGAUGAAAUGGUUACACUUUCUGGUGCUCAUUCUAUUGGUGUCUCACAUUGUUCUUCAUUCUCAAAACGAUUAUACUCUUUCAAUGCAACUUUUCCUCAAGAUCCUUCUAUGGACCCUGACUUUGCUAGGUUGUUGAGAUCCAAGUGUCCGCCACCACAGUCACAACAAUCACAGUCACAGAUACAGAACCUAGACUCAACAGUGGCGUUUGAUGGUUCCACGCCUAAUGAUUUGGACAACAUGUACUAUAAGAGGUUGAAGAAUAACCGUGGUUUAUUAACUUCGGAUCAAAUAUUGGUUAAUAGUGGCUUAACUAAGAGAAUGGUGUUAAAAAAUGCCAGACAUGCUGCAAUCUGGAAUGUGAAGUUUGCCAAGGCAAUGGUACAUAUGGGUAACUUGGAUGUGUUGACAGGUUCUCAAGGUGAGAUUAGGGAGUACUGCAGCGUUGUUAAUUUUAUUUAACUGCACCAUAUUUCUUGAUCUUUCUAAAAGUUUGUCCAUAAAUGCAAAGAUGUAUACUUUCUUUCUUUUUCUUAUCUAUUCUUUGAUAUUAUGAUUGAUUUUGUUUGUAAUCAUUCUUUAUUUGUGUGUGACCGUUUGUACUCUUUAUCAAUUCAAGUGUAUAUGUGAAAUCAAGUGUAAUAAAACG